AUGUCCACCAUACGUGGUGCAUUGCCGUUGGUGGCCAUUUUUGCGGCGAUGUAUAUCGCCACAUAUUGCGUUACCACCGCGCGUGAAAUUACCAAAGAUCGUUACGACGAUCUGCAGGUAGCCGCCAGCCAUCAUCACGGUCACGAGAGUGGCGGCGGAGAGGAGCAUCAUUCCCAUCAUCAUCAUGAACAUGGCGGGAAGGGUCAUAAAGGUUACAAGCAUGACGAUCAUCACGGCAAAGGCGAAAAAGGACAUCAUCACAAGGAGCAUCAUCAUGGCCAUCACGAUGAGCACGGGGGACACAAAAAGCAUCAUCAUCACGACGAUGGCCACCAUCAUGAACAUCAUCAUGGCGAAAAGGGAGAGAAGGGUCACAAGUUUCACGAGAAAGGACACUAUGGCAAAGGCCACAGCACUCACGGUCACCACGAGGUGAAGAAGCACGACGAAUACAAGAAGGAUAAAGAGUUCUUCGACGAGCACCAUGAUCACGGUCAUCACGACGAGCACGGCGGCCAUCAUCACGAGCACGGUCACAAAAAGGGAGGUCACUUUAAGAAAGGCCAUCACGAUCAUCACCAUCACGAAGGUCAUCAUGGUAAGAAGGGUCACCACGAGAAGGGUCACCAUCACCAUGAUCACAAGGGUCAUAAGGGGCACCAUGAUCAUCACGAGCACCACCAUCACCAUCACGAUCAUGGCAAGAAGGGCGGUCACGAGGAUCACAAGGAAUGGGGAUUCAAAAAGGGACAUUAA